AUGAUCAUCAAGAACAACGGUGUUGUUCGCGAGGUUAUUGGUUUGGGAGUUAAACCUCUCCCAAAGAUCAUGAAGAAGGCAGGAGAAAGACAUUUCCAAGGCUCUCACUUUCUAAUUCUUUUCGAUUCUUCGAGCGCUGUGCAACGUGAAAUUGUUAGAUCGUUAAAAAAUGACCCCAGAGUUAUCAGAUCGUUCUUGACCAGGGUGGACGACUCAAAGAACUACAAUGCAGGAUCGUCUGUGACGAGGGCAAUCAAGGCUAUUAACGAACACGGAUUCGAAGGAUUUGAAAACAUUUCCAGAUUAUAA